AGACCGCCCGACACCACCGAGGGUCGCGUCUCUCUCACCCACGUGUCGCUGUCCUUGUGUUUUUAUCUGUGAAUUUAACUUUUCGAGUUUAAGAUGGACCAGACUAGGAAAUCAAGACCUCCCAACCCUAGGGAUACUGCAGGGACUGUGUCCAAAAUGGUAUUCUGGUGGCUGCUUCCUCUGAUGAAGACGGGGCAUUCGCGGCCACUGGACACGGGUGAUUUGUACUGCGUUCAGCCCCAAGAUGCUUCGCAAGGUUUGGGAGAUCGCCUUCAGAGAAAAUGGGACGAGGAGUUGUCCAGGAGUAAAACAAACGGAAAGAAGCCCAGCUAUUUGAGGUCCUUAGUCCAUUGCUUCGGCUGGGAGUACGCGCGGGUGGGCCUCCUCGCCGCCUUCGAGGAGUGCGUUCUGAGAAUUGGCCAGCCACUCUGCCUAGGAGGCCUGAUCCGCUAUUUCAAUGGGGAGCCAGGAUACACAACGGUGGAUGGAUGGCUGUUCGCAACUGGAGUGGUGAUGGGAUCUUUGCUUUACAUAUUCUCACAUCACCCCUUCUUUUGGGGUAUUCAACAUAGUGGCAUGCAGAUUAGGGUAGCAAGCUGUGCCUUAAUAUACAGAAAGGCAUUACGCCUAAGCAAGGCUGCACUGGGAAAGACCACAAUUGGGCAGAUGGUGAACUUGUUGUCUAAUGACGUCAACCGAUUUGAUACAAGUGUCAUCUUCAUCCAUUAUCUUUGGAUUGGUCCUCUUCAGACAGCUAUUGUAUUGGCAAUCUUGUGGCAAGAGUUAGGACCUUCUUGCUUAGCAGGAAUUAUGCUCUUGAUUCUCUUUGUGCCUCUUCAAAGUUGGAUGGGUAAAGUCUUCUCCAAGCUGAGAUUAGCUACAGCACAUCGCACAGAUGAGCGUGUAAGGAUUAUGAAUGAAAUCAUCAAUGCUAUGAGAGUUAUAAAGAUGUAUACUUGGGAAAAGCCUUUUACAGCAUUAGCUGAACAAGCAAGAAAGUCUGAGAUUGAUGUGAUCAUGAAGACGAAUUAUUAUAGAGCUGUCAAUAUGUCUCUCUUUUUCACUUCAUCCAAAGUUAUUGUAUUUUUAGCAUUGUUGACAUACAUUCUGACAGGCAAUGCAUUGACAGCUGAAAAGGUCUUUGUCACCAGUUCUUUGAUCAACAAUGUCAGACUUGUUAUGACAUUGUUCUUCCCAUUUGGUAUUGCUAUGGGAGCAGAGACCAAAAUAUCAUGCAAAAGAAUUCAGGAAUUCCUGGAAAUGGAAGAGAGGGAAGAUACCAGCAGUGUCCAGAAAUCCAACCUAAGGCCAAAACUGAAGGAUUGUGGAAUAACAAUAAAUGGAGUGACAGCCAAAUGGAGUGAUGCAACAGAAGAGAACACCCUGAACAACAUCACAUGUUCUGUCAAAGCUGGAGAACUACUGGCUGUCAUAGGCCCUGUUGGCUCAGGAAAGGGUUCACUUCUUCAUGCAAUUCUUGGGGAGUUACCUGCAAAGUCUGGCUCAAUAUCUGUCCGUGGCAAGGUGGCAUAUGCAUCUCAAGAGCCAUGGGUGUUUUCAGGGACAGUGAAGCAAAAUAUUCUCUUUGGACAACCUUAUAAUGAAAAGAAGUACAAUGAAGUUAUCAAAGUGUGUGCAUUAGAGCGAGAUUUGGAACUACUGCCAAUGAAAGACAUGACAAUGGUUGGUGAGCGUGGUGUUUCACUCAGUGGAGGUCAGAAAGCAAGAGUUAAUCUUGCCAGAGCAGUUUAUUACGAUGCAGACAUCUACCUUCUGGACGACCCACUUAGUGCUGUUGACACUCAUGUCGGACGCCACCUGUUUGACCAGUGUAUAAUGGGCCAUCUAAAGCACAAAGUUCGGAUCCUGGUGACACACCAGCUACAAUACCUUAAAGAAGCAAAUGAAAUCUUAGUUCUGAGAGAGGGUCAUCCUGAAGCAAUUGGAAACUAUCAUCAGUUGGUCAACAGUGGAAUAGACUUCGCCUCACUUCUAGCAGAAGGUCAUGAGGAAGAAAAACCAAUAUCCCCUUCAAGGCAACCAAGCACAAAAAGUGCCAAGAAGAAUGGCUUUAUUCCAACAGGAAAGUUUAUGCAAGAGGCCGAGAAAUUUGGAUCCUCAUUAUCUCUCACAAGGAGAGGGCGUGUCCGCAAUGACUCCGUUGCCUCUGUACACGACUCUGUUGAGGCUGAUAACAUCUUAACCAUUUCUGGGGCUCAUUUGGCAGGAUCAAGCGUGUCACUUGAUGAAGAAGUUAAUGAUACACCUACUAAAGUAUCAAAGAAACUGAAAGACAUGGAUGAUGGUGCAGACAAAGACGGGGCAGAAGAGGCCCAGGAUGGUGCCGAGGUGAGGUCAGUUGGCUCAGUCAAAGCUAGCAUAUACCUUCAGUACUUCCUGGCUGGGGGUGGCUGGUUUCUGCUGAUUGUGCUCUUCUUGGCCAAUGUCCUCACGCAAGUCCUCUUUUCUGGGACAGAUUACUGGCUUUCUUACUGGGCAAAUGGUGAACAAAUCCGUGCAAGGUUACUACUCGAGGCCAGUGAAAAUAUGACCUUAGCAGUUAAUGGGUCCGCUAUUUCCUAUCAAGAUGCACCAGUUCCAAAGGGCUACCUUGACACAAUCACUAAUGUUUAUGUGUAUGCUGGUCUGACUGCUGGGUUGUUCGUGCUCUCACUGGGACGCACUGUGAUGUUCUUUGUGAUGUGUAUGACAUCCUCAAGAAAUCUACACAACAGAAUGUUUCAGUCUGUAAUUCGAGUCCCAAUAAAAUUUUUUGACACACACCCAGUUGGUCAGAUCCUUAACAGAUUUACAAAGGACCUUGGACAGGUUGAUGAACUGCUCCCUAUCACAGUGUUCGAUGUGGUGACUAUUCUCUUGAACUUCCUUGGUAUCAUUGCUGUGAUUGCCUCCAUCAAUAUCUGGGUCCUAAUCCCCACCCUGGGCCUUGGAGUCGUCUUCGUGUUCCUACGACGCUUCUACCUCAGCACUGCCCGUGAUGUCAAGCGACUAGAGGGAAUCACUCGAAGCCCUGUAUUCUCACACCUGAGUGCCUCUCUUCAAGGCUUGACCACAAUACGUGCUUUUGAAGCCCAACAGAUAUUCAUGGAUGAUUUUGAUACGCAUCAGGAUCUACAUUCAUCUGCUUGGUUCCUCUUCUUGUGCACUACUCGUUGGUUUGGAAUUUGUUUGGACUGGAUCUCUUGUAUUUACAUUGCCAUUGUGACAUACAGCUUCAUGGGUAUGCAAGACUCCCUUGGAGGAGACAUUGGUCUGGCCAUCUCCUCUGCUAUGAUGCUCAGUGGGAUGUUUCAGUGGGGUGUCAGACAAUCAGCUGAAGUGGAGAAUCAGAUGACCUCAGUGGAACGUGUUCUGGAGUAUUCAAAACUGGAACCAGAAGCUGCACUAGAAACUGACCAAGAUAAAACUCCUAAGGCUGGUUGGCCUGAAAAGGGAGAAAUUAGGUUCGAGGAUGUUUCACUUCAGUACAAUCCUAAUGAUGCACCAGUGCUGAAAAAUCUCAACUUCUGCAUUAAGGCCAAUGAAAAGAUUGGCAUUGUUGGUAGAACAGGAGCAGGAAAAUCAUCCAUGUUAACAUCCCUGUUUCGUUUAACUGAACCAGUUGGUGUUAUUUACAUUGAUAACAUUGCUGUUAAAGAGUUGGGCUUACAUGAUGUACGAGGAAAUAUCUCCAUCAUCCCACAAGAUCCAACUCUGUUCUCCGGAACCAUGAGGAGAAAUCUGGAUCCCUUUGACCAAUAUGAGGAUGAGGAUUUGUGGAGAGCGCUAGAGGAGGUGCAGCUAAAGGAUGCAGUGUCUGAUCUCGAAGGAGGUCUAGAGGCUGUAAUGUCAGAAGGAGGUAGUAACCUUAGCGUAGGACAACGACAGUUAGUUUGCUUGGCAAGGGCUAUCCUUAGGCACAACAGGAUUCUUGUGCUGGAUGAAGCUACUGCCAAUGUAGACCCAAGAACUGAUGGGCUCAUCCAGCAGACUAUACGCUCAAAAUUCAGAAAUUGCACUGUGCUCACUAUAGCACAUCGACUCCACACCAUCAUGGACAGUGACCGAGUCAUGGUGUUAGAGGCGGGCAGGCUUGAGGAGUUUGACGAGCCAUAUAUUCUCUUACGAAACCCCAAUUCUAUGUUUACAAAAUUGGUGGAGCAAACGGGCAAGGCUGCAACAGACCAGUUGCGAUUGAUUGCAGGAAGGGCCUAUCAAGCAAAACAUGGUCAGGUGGCAAAUUUGUCAGUAGAAGAAGAAAGCACAAGUGAGACAACACAAUCAACCUCCUCAAAAGACAGUCAACCUCAACAUGAGAAGAAUGAAGACCAGACCUUACAAAGGCCAGGCAAUCAAGAUGACGUUCCUUCAGAAGCUGGCCAAGAUGAUAAGCCAGCCUCUUAAGAAUUUCAUGUUCAAAUAAAUCAAUAUCAGGGUUAUAUAAGUGAGAUGCUAUAUACAUUUCUGUGGUCGAAUAUUAGUAUGUUUAUAGUUGGCUUGCACUUAUAUUCAGUGGUCAGACUAAUAACACAUGUGCAGUGCUUAUACUUAUCUGUUAAAGUAUGAAUACAUCUCUGACUGGCUGUUUGAUGUAAAUAUUAUUUUCUUUUAUCUAGCAAUUUUAUGAUCCAUGAGUUUGAUUAGCUCUUUGAUAUACUGUUGUAUGAAAAAAAUAUUAUGGUUGUGAAAUUUCUAUUUAUGUUUUGCAAAGAGUUCUGUUGUAAAGAUCAUGCAGUAAGAUAAUUGAAAACAAAUUAUUUUCUAUUGUUUAAAAAACAUAUUGAAAUGCUGUAAAGCUACAAACACAAAGAAGGAAGAAACAUAUUUAAUAAUUAGAAUUUGGUAAUAGUUCUUAGCAUGUUUUAUUACACUACAUGUCAUUUCAUAGGGUAGAUGUAAAAUUACAAUGUAUCUUCAGAAAAGUAAUUUUUUUCAUGAACACAUUAUUUUGUUAUAAAAAUAGUGAUUUUACCUUUUAUUCAGGUAGAAUAGAAAUUUUACCAUUUUUCUCAACAACUAAGAUUGCCUUAGUUAAUAUGACCACAAGUAAAGUAUGAUUAGUUCAUUAUUUUGAGACAGCUAAUAGUAAUACUCUCGCCUGAUAAAUGGAUGUUGUUUUGUUUUUAAAAAGUAAUUCUCAUA